AUGGAUACGAGAGAAAUCAAUGGUUCUGCCUCCGCCGCGAGAUCGAUAUCUCUUCCUCAGCAGCCUAAUUACAGCAGCAAGCCUGUUCAGAUGCUUCUUCUGCUUUUAGCUUCUUCUACCUUCAGGAUUGUUGCUUCAGCUUCAUUGUGUUUGUUUGCUCGUGGGAGUUACUUUUCUCUCGCUUGUUCAGUCAUCUUAGUCGCAUUUCAGGAGGCGUUGAGGCAUUUGGCAUCAAUCAACCUCAGAGAGUUGUGUAAUGAGGCGAAAGUUGAGCGCUGUCGUGGAACCAGAAACUCGGCGAGCUGUGGAAAAUACGUGAGCUAUGUGCUGAACCCAUGUGGACAUGCCUCCUUGUGCACAGAGUGUUGUCAGUGGUGUGAGGAUUGUCCAAUCUGUAGAAGUCGGCGACCAAAAACUGGGUAUAGACUUCAGCUGCGUCUCUACGACGAGUGUGUAGAAGCUGGUCUAAUCUCCCCAACACAUGAAGAGGCAUCACAGGAUUCGGAUGAGGAUGAACAUCAAUUGGAAGCUGAUGUUCAUCGCCUUUAUUCUCUGUUCGAUGUUGCCAUGAACAACAAUUUGAUAUCUGUGGUUUGCCAUUAUAUCACCAGUGUCUGUAUGGAUGAGACAGCUGUAUCUAGUGACCCGGUGAUUGCCUUCUUGCUGGAUGAAGUUGUUGUCAAAAAUUGGGUCAAGCGUACAUUCCGGAGCAUCUUGUCUGAACUUCAACAAAUCUAUAAUCUUGAAACAAAAGAGAUGCAAGGGUGGUUAGAUAAACUCCUAAAGUGUUCGAAACAGGUGGCUGGCAUAUGUAGUGUGUUUGAAGUUAUGGAGUCAGCUUUUAAGGGUUCUGUUUCACCUCAGCUUCAAGACGUGCAGAAGCUUAGGGAUAACAUUGGAAAAACAAAGCAGCAUCUGGACAUAAUGGUGUGGUGCAUAAGACACGGAUUUCUGGAAGAUGUGAAGUCUCGAUAUUCUAAUCUCACGUCGUGGAAUGUUCUUGUACGUGAAAGGAAAUCGAAUGCUAUUAAGCGUGCAUGGCCUGAUCCCGUAGACCAGUCUUCAGAUUGCAACGGACAGGGUGCUUUCCUCUUUAUCGAGGACGCUUUAGAAAAUCUUGAGGGAGAGCCGGAGUACAGUCAGGACAUAGGGGCAGACCUAGAAGUUGGAUGUUUGAAGAACAAUGAGAGAUCGGUUCUUAGGUCCAAAAUUGAUGGAACUUCAGGAUCUUAUCCAUUUGAGAAUCUUCGAACUGCUGCCGACAUACUCUUUUUGCAUGGCAGUUCAGAUUUGGUUGUUGCUAAGCAAGCAAUUUUUCUUUACUACCUGUUUGAUCGGCAUUGGACUACCCCUGAAAAGUAUUGGAAGCACAUUAUAGAUGAUUUUGCUGCUACCUUUGGCAUAACCAGGCAUUCGUUGCUGGAGUCUUCUGUAUUUUAUCUUCUCGAUGAUCACACCGAGGAGGCACUCGAGGAAGCUUGUAGGACUCUUCCUGAAAUAUGUGGUCCAGAAACCUAUCCCAAGGUUGCGCAAGUCCUGUUAGAAAGGGAAAACCCUGAAGCAGCUCUUAUGGUCUUGCGUUGGUCUGGUCGUGAUGGCGUAUCAGAAUUGGUUUCAAUCGGUGAAGCUGUCACAGCUGUUCGUGUGAGAGUGGAAUGUGGUCUUCUGAGUGAAGCAUUCACAUACCAAAGGACACUCUGCUUGAAAGUAAAGGAAAAUAAAUUGAAAAGUGGAGCUGUGAAACACGUGUCUGAUGAUCUAGACAGCUGGAGUUGGAGGGAAUGGAUGGAGAUACUUGUCAACGAAUUCUGCUGUCUAUCUAUUAGGAGAAACUUGGUUGAUCGAAUCAUUGAGUUACCGUGGAACCCAGAUGAAGAGAAAUAUCUGCACAGAUGCCUAUUAGAUUCUGCAAUUGAUGACCCCUCAUCAGCUGUGGGUAGUCUUUUGGUUGUCUUUUAUCUUCAGCGUUACCGUUACAUCCAGGCAUACCAAGUGGAUCUUAAGCUCCAGAAAAUUGAAGAGGCUUUCGUAUCCGAGAAUCGUAUUGGGGAAGAAGCUAUGUCCAGAAUGCAAUCACAGAGUCAUUGGAGAAAAGAUUUAGUUGACAAAGCCAUAGAUUUACUUCCAGUAAUUCAGCAGCAGCAACUUAGGUCUGGACAAUUUUCUGAGAUGGAGGAUACCUCUGAAAGUGCUUCUGAAGCAGCAAGAAACUCUGAUCUUCCUGAUGCGCCUGAGAUGGUUACUUCCUCUAUUCCGUCUUCUACUACUUCCGUGUUUCUCCAACGGGCCAACAAUGCCGGCGCUAGAGAGCCAGCGGCUAAUAAUGGCAGCCCUUUUCAGCCCAGUCAUCUGAUAGGAAACGCUUCCGCUGAUAAUUCCCAUGGACGGCUAUUUACAAGCACAAAUAGAGGACACAAGAGUGAAGUUAGAAGCAUAACCAAGACUCUGAAGUUCGGUGAAGUGUCCUCCUCUCCGUUCAAAGAUCUUAACAGAGCUCGUGGGAACAGUCAGCUCAAAGGAAAAAGAACUGAAGAAACCUCCCCAGAAACAAAUGUUGAUAGAUUCAUGAAGAACAAUAUAAGCCCUCCUUAUCUCCGCCGUGCAACAGCAAACAAUCCUGUAACGAUGAAACCUAGCAGCAACCAUCUCAAUGGAUCUGCACAGAAACCGGAGUCCACUUUCUUUGGCACAAGGAUGCAACCAGACAAAGAACUCAUGUCCCGUAACUUUGUCGAUUUGGAUGAUCCAAUGGACAUGUCUUCAAGCUUGAAGAACAGCAAUGUCUUGGCCACUGAGAGCAGAAAUAACAGUGGAGGAUUGAGGUGGAGGUCAGAUGAAGCAAGCGACGAGGAAGAUGAACCGAAAUGGGGCAUGGAACCGAUUAGUUCCGGUUCAAUGCCGGUUAAGGGAAGGAGACGUGUUGUUGGAUCCUACAAUGGCUACUCUGGCUUUGAGUCGAAGUUAAAAGGUGUUAUCCCCAUUGUUAUGACCUCGAUAGGAGAAUCCGGAACUAUCGGUAGUCUAUGUGUUGGAAACAAAAACGGACUUCUUCUUUCUCACACCAUUACAGACCAAGAGCUUCAACAUGUAAGAGAUAGCUUGCCUGACCAAGUUGUAGUCCAGCGAAUUGAGGAACCUCUAUGUGCACUCGGAAACGCUAUAGCUUGCAAUGAUUACGUGGCUCUUGUGCAUCCAAAGCUCGAGAAAGAAACCGAAGAGAUCAUAAGCGAUGUUCUUGGUGUUGAAGUUUAUCGACAAACCAUUGCGAAUAACGAACUCGUUGGAAGUUACUGUGCCUUAUCCAACAUAGGUGGAAUGGUUCAUCCCGACACCAAAGUGGAGGAAAUGAAGGAACUGGCGAAUCUUCUUCAGGUGCCUUUGGUUGCAGGAACAGUGAACCGUGGCAGCCAAGUGAUAUCUGCGGGUUUGACUGUGAACGACUGGACUGCUUUCUGUGGGUCAGACACAACUGCUAUAGAGCUAUCUGUUGUUAACAGCAUCUUCAAGCUAGCCGAAGCUCAGCCCAAUUUUGUCGUUGGUGAAAUGAGGAAGCCUUUGAUCGAUACAUAUGUUUAA